AGUCAUUUUCUUUGCCACCUUCGAAGGAGCCUUCAUUCCACGCUUUCUCCUAUUCUUUCCUUUGAUUUCUCUUCUUCUUCUUCUUCUUCUUCAUUUCCAUCAACAAAAAGAAACUCUCACAACAGAAAACAGAGCCCUCUCUGUUUUUGAAGCUUUCUCUUUUUCCCUCCCUCCUUUGAUUCAAUUUUCAGAACAAAGACAUGGUUCACUACCACAGGUACCAUCAACCCAGAAAAGCUUCAGACCCCAUUAUCACAAAAGAUGAAGAAUCACAACAGAACCUUGUCAUGGAUUGUUCAACCUCUUCUUACUACAAGAGAACAAGGCCCAAGUUGCUCUCUUUCCUCUUCCUCAUCACUUUCCUCUCUUGCUGCUAUGUCCUUGCACCACUCUUCCUUCCCCCUUCUUUCACCUUCUCUCUCCUCUACUCUCCUGCAACUGAAAAUGAUGCUCUUGUUGUAAAUGAUUCUAUGUGUUCUUCAGUUUCAAGUGGAACUAUAUGCUGUGACAGAACUGGUUAUAGGUCUGAUAUAUGUUUGAUGAAAGGAGACAUUAGAACACACUCCCCUUCCUCUUCAAUCUUCCUCUACAACUCAGGAAUCAUCAACAAUGUUUCAAGGAAUGUUGGAGCUGAAAAAGGCAAAGGGGAUCAGAUACUUCAGCACGAAAGGAUUAGGCCUUAUACUCGAAAAUGGGAGAAGAGUGUAAUGGAGACCAUUGAUGAGCUAAACCUCAUCUCAAAGAGAGUGAAUUUUGGUAAUUCAGGCCAUGGUUGUGAUGUCAAACAUGAUGUCCCGGCCGUGUUCUUCUCGAAUGGGGGCUAUACCGGCAAUGUGUACCACGAAUUCAACGAUGGAAUCAUUCCUUUGUACAUUACCUCCCAGCAUUUCAACAAGAAGGUUGUGUUUGUGAUCCUUGAAUAUCACAAUUGGUGGAUCACCAAGUAUGGAGACAUUCUUUCUCACCUUUCGGAUUAUCCGGCCAUCGAUUUUAGAGGAGACAACAGGACUCAUUGCUUCCCUGAAGCCAUUGUUGGCCUUAGAAUCCAUGAUGAGCUCACGGUGGAUUCGGCUUUGAUGCAAAGGAACAAGAGCAUUGUUGACUUUAGAAACCUUCUUGAUAAGGCCUAUUGGCCCCGGAUUCAUGGAUUGAUUCAAGAUGAAGAAAGGGAAGCACAAGAAAAGUUAAGAAAACAAAUGUCUUCAUCCCCAUCAUCAGAAUCGGAACCAGAAUCAGAAUCUCCACAGAAACAAGAGUACAUAAUUAAGCAAAAAGUACAAGAGAAUCCAUUGAAGAAACCCAAGUUGGUUAUUCUCUCUAGAGACAAAUCAAGAGCCAUAACAAAUGAAAAUUCUAUGGUUAAAAUGGCUGAGGAAAUCGGCUUUGAAGUCGAAGUCUUGAAGCCAGACAGAACAACAGAAUUGGCCAAGAUUUAUAGGUCACUGAAUGCAAGUGAUGUGAUGAUCGGCGUCCACGGCGCAGCAAUGACACAUUUCUUGUUCUUGAGGCCUGGCUCAGUGUUCAUUCAAGUUGUUCCUCUUGGGACAACUUGGGCUGCAGAAACAUAUUAUGGUGAACCUGCAAGAAAACUUGGUUUGAAGUACAUUGGCUAUGAAAUUCAGAUUAGAGAGAGCUCUUUGUAUGAGAAGUAUGAUAAGAAUGAUCCUGUUCUAAGGGACCCCGAAAGCAUCACAAAGAAAGGUUGGGAAUUCACAAAGAAGAUUUAUCUUGAUAGCCAAAAUGUUGUGUUGGAUCUCAGAAGAUUCAGAAAAAGGUUGCAGCAUGCUUAUGAGUACAUUGUCUCCAAAUCAAAUCACAGGACAGAGUAAAAUUUUCAUUUUGUUCUUUUGUUUCAUUUUACUUCUCUAUGUUCAUUCUUUGGUAUGUGGGGGGAAAGAAAGAUUACAACUUUUUGAGUAUUGAGCAUGUUGUACAGAAAAAUACUUAAAAAUGAAUUACAGAAUGUGUAAGACUGUAAGUAUAAGAGCAACAAAUUUCCUUUUUGGUGUGAAUAAAUUAAGGAUUUAAUUUUGGUGUGAA